ACUUACAGAACUGGCUUCUUGGGCUUUCGGGAGUGUUUCCCAUUUAAACAAACAGUGCCGAAGAUGGCGGAGAGUUAACGGUGUAAAGAAGAAAUUAUCGAUCCGGCAGAGAGAGAGAGAGAGAUUACGUCCACAAGACUCCAUUGACCAGCCCACAUAGGACCACACCCCCAGAGUGUGGGGAGGGGGGAUCUGAUCGUCCAUCAUCUCGGCGCCAUCACAAGGUGCUGAUAUGUGCACACGAUGAGCGGACUGGGGGAGAACUCCAUGGAGCCUCUGAGCUCAGAAAACCGGAAACGCAAGCUUUCCACUUGCGACACGCCUGGUCUGGGGUGUGAGAGGAAGCGACGGGAGCAGGAAAGCAAAUACAUAGAGGAGCUAGCGGAGCUGAUCUCCGCCAACCUUAGCGACAUCGACAGCUUCAACGUCAAACCAGACAAAUGUGCCAUCCUCAAAGAGACGGUGCGCCAGAUCCGCCAGAUCAAAGAGCAGGGAAAAGCUUCAUCCAACGACGACGACGUCCAGAAGUCAGAUGUGUCCUCGACAGGUCAGGGGGUCAUUGACAAAGACCACCUGGGGCCUCUCCUGCUGCAGGCUCUGGACGGCUUCCUGUUUGUGGUGAACCGGGAAGGCAGCAUCGUGUUUGUGUCGGACAACGUGACGCAGUACCUGCAGUACAAACAGGAGGAGCUCAUCAACACCAGCGUGUACAACAUUCUCCAUGAGGACGACAGGGAGGAGUUCCACAAGAACCUGCCCAAGACCAACAUAAAUGGAGUGUCGUGGGGAAGCGAGGCGGCCCGACAGAAGAGUCACACCUUCACUUGCCGGAUGCUGGUCAAGUUUGGCCACGCCCACGGCCCCAUGGAGGAGGGGCCAGGAGGGCCCCGCUACGAGACCAUGCAGUGUUUUGCUCUUACCCAGCCUAAGGCAAUGAUUGAAGAGGGCGAAGACCUUCAGUCAUGUAUGAUCUGUGUGGCCCGUCGGGUGACAGCCAUGGAGAGAACAGAGAGUUUCAACACGCGGCACGAGCUUUCAGGUAAACUGAUUCAGAUCGAUCAGAACUCUCUGCGAGCGUCGAUGCGUCCAGGCUGGGAGGAUUUGUUGAGGCGUUGCAUUCAGAUGUUCCUUCAGCACAGUGACGGGCAGCCCUGGUCGCAUAAACGCCACUACCAUGAGGCCUUUCUGCAGGGUCACGCUGAGACACCCUUGUACCGCUUCUCCCUGUCUGACGGCACUCCAGUCACAGCCCAGACCAAGAGCAAACUCUACCGCCACCCCAUGAGCAACGAGCCACAAGGCUUCAUCUCCACUCACCUACUACAGAGGGAACCAAAUGGUUACCGCUCAGCUCAGGGUGGGAGCAUGAUGCCGAACACUAUGAGACAACAGAGCAUGGGAGGACCCAACCCAAAUGCCCAAAUGAACAUGAACACCGGUGGGGGGAUGGGGAUGGGUGGCAUGGGCAGCAUGAACAGGGGCUUCGGCAUGAAUGAGCAGGGCCACAUGGGUCACAUGGGUCCGAUGGGAGGUGGCUCUAUGUACGGAGGGAGCGGUGGAGGAGGAAGUGGAGGCGGAGGCAUGGGCAACCGCAUGAUGCAGAUGAAUCAGAUGGGCCAGAUGAAUCAGGUUGGGCACAUGAAUCAGAUGAAUCAGAUAGGUCCCAUGAAUCACCCGAGCCAAGGCAUGCAGCAGCACCCACAGCAGCCCCCAUUUCAGAGCAGCGGAGGGUUUGGGCUGAGUGGCAUGAACAGCCCUUCAGGAAGCCCCAGAAUGGGCGGCCCCCAGCAGGGACUCCUGAUGUCUCCCCGAAACCGAGGGAGCCCAAAGAUGGGCGCCAACCAGUUCUCACCUGGAGGCAUACACUCUCCCAUGAGUGGCAUUGUCAGUGGUGGAGGAAGUGGGGGGAGCACCACCACCUUCUCCAGCAGCUCCCUAAACGCUCUACAAGCAAUCAGUGAAGGAGUAGGGAGCUCCCUCCCCUCAACCCUAACGUCCCCCUCGCCAGCUCUUAAACCAGACAGCUCUCCUAGCAUCCACUCCUCCUCCACUUCCUCUCAACCCAGUCAGCCGGCCAAACCAGGCCAAGACGGCUCUAAAAGCCCUGCGGGAGGCUUGGGGCCUGGGCCCAGUGACCAUCACCACCCCAUGCACCAUCACCACCAUCAUCAGCAUCCUCAGGCUGAGAGUUCUGGAGACCGACCAGACAGUCAGGCAGCAACAGCCACUAAAGAGCCUGGAGAGGGAAGCAAUGAGGCUGGGGUGGCGAGCUCAGAACCCCCUCGGAGGGUGCCAGACAGUAAGGGGCAUAAGAAGUUGCUACAGUUGCUGACUUCCCCAACUGAGGAACUGGGAAUAGGUGGCAGCGGGCCAACAGGGCCCCCUGUACCACCCCCACCAACCAGCAGCAGCACUCCUGCAGGCUCAGACAAUAAAGACCCCAUUGGAGGCAUGACUAGCCCGUCGUCUACUGGGGUCUCCUCCUCUUCUUCAGCCAGUGCCAAUCCAGGCCAAGCGACUGGGCCAGGGGGUGUGUCAGCAUCGCUAUCGUCAGCCCACUACACAGGCUCACUGCAAGAAAAGCACAAGAUCCUCCACAAGCUUCUGCAAAAUGGCAAUACCCCAGAUGAAGUAGCUAAGAUCACAGCUGAGGCUACUGGAAAGGUGUCACUGGGGAACCAGGAAGGCGGUGAGGCUGGAGCAGGAGGAUCGGGGGCUGGGACCGGGCCUGGGAUGACGGAGCCCAAGCAAGAGCAGCAUAGCCCCAAAAAGGAGAAGACCCAUGCCCUCCUCCACUACCUCCUCAACAAGGAUGAUUCCAAAGAGCCAGCCGAUGUCAAGCCUAAAGUCGAAGACCUGGACGGGAAGGGAGCUCCAGGGGCCGCUGGCGGCCCUGCACGGAGCGGCCCUGGAUCAGGACCUGGCCCUGCACCCGAACAUCCCGAGAGCAAGAUCAAGUCAGAGCCACCUGAUGACUUGCACAACCUGGAAUCUAUCCUUGGAGAUUUGAGGGGUUCAAGCUCUGACUUUUACCAGGAGCAGGCUGGAGGUGGAGGGGCUAACGAGUCGGGAAACAAACCCCAGGGUUGCCUUGACGACAGUCUGCAAGGGAGUCCUGGAAUAGGUCCGGGGCCUCGGGGGCCCUUCCAAAGGGCCAUGUCCAUGGACGGGAAGCCUCCAGGGCCUGGAGGAGCAGGUAGACGCCCCAUGCUCAUCAAGCAGGAGAACAUGAUGGGCAGCCCAGACGGCUACCCAGGAAACAUGGCAGGACCAAUGAAUAGAGGUAUGGUUCCCCAGAGGUCUCCCAUGGGGGGUUCGGCAGACUGGGGCAUGCCCCGCUCCAGUGCCAGCCCUGUGGGCUCAGCUGGACACCCCUCCAUGAUGCGGCCGGGCAUGGAGUACAACAGUAACAAGGGCAUGAUGUCUGGACCUAUGGUCAGCCGCUCCAACAGUGUACCGGGCACCAGGUCUAUGCUGCAGCAACAGCUUAUGGAAAUGGGAGGCUCUGCUGAUAUGGGUAUGGGUAUGAGCCCCUUCAGCCAGCAGGGCCAGCCCAACCAGUCCCCCUCCUGGCCGGACACUAUAAUGGGCAUGGAGGGUAACAGACGCCAGUUUGGCAACAAUUUAGAUGAUCUUCUGGUGCCUCCCACCACCAGUGAGGGUCAGAGCGAUGAGCGGGCGCUUUUGGACCAGCUGGACUCUCUGCUGAAUAACACAGAUGGCAUCGCUCUGGAGGAGAUAGACCGAGCCCUGGGCAUUCCAGACCUCGUCAGCCAGACCCAGGGAGCCGAGCAGCAGAUGGAGCCUUUUCCAGGGCAGGACCCGUCUAUGGUGCUGGACCAGAAGCCUCUCUAUGGACAGGGCUAUCCCGGACCCCCCCCAAUGUCUAUGCAGUCUGGCUAUGGUGGGAACCCCAUGCAGGGACAGGCCCAGCAGGGGGGGUUUGGGCCCAUGCUCUCUCAGAUGGGCCAAGGUGGCAGCUUCCCCGGCAUGGGUGGAAUGGGCGGCAUGGGACACCCCCGUGCCAACAUGAUGAGACCCAGAAUGAUGACUGCCAACAAGCCCAUGAGGCUCCAGCUGCAACAGAGGCUGCAGGGACAGCAGUUCAUGAAUCAGACACGGCAGGGCAUGGGCAUGAAGAUGGAGAACCCGGGAGGCAACCCUGGCAUGAGGCCCAGCAUGCAGCCUGGCAUGGGAGGACAGCCGGGAUUCCUCAAUGCUCAGAUGAUGGCUCAGCGCAGCAGGGAGAUGGUGACCAUGCAGAUGAGGAGGCAGCGCAUGAUGAUGCUGAUGCAGCAGCAGCAGCAGCAACAGGCGGCGGCGGCCGCUGCUGCAGCCGCAGGAGGCUUCAGUCCGCCUCCAAACGUCACGGCUCCUGGUGGCAUGGACAAUCCUAUGGGAGGGCCAAGCAUGGGCCAGCCGGGCCCCCAGCAGUUUGGCUACGGUGGGAACUAUGGGAUGGGCCAGCAGGGAGACCCCUCGUUCGGCCCCUCAGGCGGCAGUCCUCCUAACGCCAUGAUGCCCGGUCGCCUGGGGCCUCAAAACCCCAUGAUGCAACAGCAUCCACAGGGCGGCCCGAUGUACCAGGGUGCCGAUAUGAAAGGCUGGUCGCAGGGGGGCAUGGGACGCAACAGUUCGUACCCACAGCAGCAGUUUGGGCAGCAGGGACCUCCAGGGCAGCAGCAGUUUGGGCAGCAGGGGAAUCCAGGCCAGUAUGGGGGCAUGAUGAUGAACGGGGGCAUGCCAGCCAGUGGAGGAGGAGGUCACAUGGGCCAGAUGGGAGGGCAGAUGGGUAUGAACCCGAUGGUGAUGGGACGCAUGCCUAUGGGGCCUGAUCAGAAAUACUGCUGAGCAUCGUGACAGAAGCAUUUGUCUCACUGUGAUCUCCAUUCAGAGAUAGGACACGGCUGCAGCACUGGAGUGUGUGGAGGACCAGGCAGUGUGUGUGUGUGUGUGUGUGUGUGUGUGUGUGUGUGUGUGUGUGUGUGUGUGUGUGUGUGUGUGUGUGUGUGUGUGUGUGUGUGUGUGUGUGUGUCUGUGUGUGUCUGUGUGUGUCUGUGUGUGUCUGUGUGUGUGUGUGUGUGUGUAGUGCUGCACUCCCACCAGACGGGGGAGUGAACUUCCUUUGGACUCGUGGCCAGUAAUGGCAGUCUGGCUACCAGGGGGGAAAACAAGACAGACUGUCACAUACAUAAAUGAAAACACACACAGCGUUCAUAAGAAUCAGAAACACUGUGACACACAUAAACUCAUAAAUCUUAAAAGACAGUCAGACAGACAACUGUGUGAUCCCUCUUGUAGGCUGUAGUUUUAAUAUUCCUCUCUUUAGGAGCUGUGUGUGUGCCUCAGUAAACACACACCACUUGCUGGACCAAACGGUGAAGGUCGACAGACACUCGAUCACAGACUUGGACGAACGUGUUAAGACAUCCUCUCCUUUGUCGAAUGUACCAUGAAGCUGCGUGCUGAUUUAAAAAGUGGGAUUCCUUCUCUUGUUUUCUUUGUGAGAUUUUUGUCUGCCGCCUCUCUGCUGCUCCUGAAGGAUCUCUGUGUACGUAAAAGUAAACACGGUUCUCGAUGACGAGCCAUCAGAUUGUGACACUCAGUUGAAUGUCAUUAAGCAGUAGCACAUUGUUUCGUCCUCCAGGACGCCGCUGGGCUAAAGUACGACUGAUUUACUUGUUGGCUGAUUGCACUUUAAGGAAAGGCCAACAUCAAAAGGAUUGUGGCAAUAUAGAGGCCUUUACCCAAGAAUUAAUGAAUAGCAGCAGACAGUACUGUUUAUUUUCGUGUGUGUUUUCCAACUUUUCCUCUCUUGAGUGAUGGGCGCUGUUGAUUGGAAGUGGGUAACCUUGAUGAUCUUUGUUCUAAAGUGGGAACCAGUAGAAAGGCAGUAAGCACAGAUUUUAUCCAACGCUCUCGUCUACAGUGAACCGAUUUAUAAGAACAGGAGAAAUUAACCGUUUUUAAGUCAUUUUAAAAAAUCACUCUGGAAACAAACAGACUUCUAUUACUGUUCAAAACUCAACUUAUAUUCAUACAGAUUCAUGUCGUGAACAUUUUAUCAUUCCGGUGGUCAUUUUAAAACCCAAAUGUUGCAGAUAUUUUGGUUACCUUGCACCAAUUUACAGUGUUAAUACAAGUGCAGAAAUGAAAUUCAUUGCCAAUUAUAAGAUUAUGUUUAUAUGAGCUCACACUGUAAGAGAAAGUGUAUGUUAGAUUUCAGUGUAGGCGUGCAGAUUUCUAGCAAUAAUCCUUCCUCCUGGUUUUCCUCUGAGGACAAAGCUGAAGUAUAAUUUACUCAAAGCGACGGCACUGCAGUAUUAGACAUGAUAUCUUGUUUGGAGCUUUUUUUUUUUUUCUCUUUUGUCUGUGAAUAUGAAUUGUAAAUACGCUUCAAAUGUACUAUAUAUAAAUAUAUAUAUGCUUUUGUAGGUCACAUACUGUUUUUGCACAGAUUGUAAGGCUUGAUAUUUAAAAGUGUAAUUUUCUUAAUCCGUCAUAGGUCAGCUUUUAUUUUCAAUACUUUAACCAUUGGUUGGAAAGGAAGGGCCUCCUUUUUGUAAGCAGUACGUGUAGAUUUUCUUUCAUACUGCCACUUUCUUUUUCUCAGAAAGCUCUUUUUAUUUUCUGAGGACAUAGUCUUAGCUAAAGAGGUGCUAGUGUGUACUUUUUUUUUUAAUAAAUUAUUUUUCUUUUGACAAAAAACAAAAAAAGAGAGAAAAACACAAAAUAUGCCUAUACAAAAAGAGUUGACACAUGAUUGUGUUAGGCUUCUUAGGGGCCCAGAUGUCUUACCAGAUUGUGGGGUUGAUAUUUUCAGAACAGAACCUCAUGCUUCCAUGUGCGACUUUAGAUACAAGACUUUGGAAAUCAGUCUCCACUGUAUAACUGUCCAUAAGUCCUUUUUAGGUUUGUUCACAGCUGUUUAAUCCUCAUGGAAGCAACACAAGAAGUAGUUUGAAUCCCUAAUUACUUGUCAAUCUCUUGACAGGUUUGUUGUUUUUUUGUUUUUUUAAACAUUUAAGUUUGCCUUUAUUUUCAUCGUGUUUCCUGUGAAGCUUUUGUUGAGAAAUCUACCUUUGAACACAUGCUCAAUCCAAAGAUUUUUGUUUGUCAUUCUGCAGUGCUUAGAAACAGUUCCUGACGUAGAUCGUGCAAGUACUCAUGUGUGCUUUUACUGUUGCACAUAACCUAUAAUAUACAUUGAACUAAAUAUGUUUAAUUGCAUAUAUUAUAUCCCCCAUGACAUAGAGUAGACAUGAGUCUGGUUCUGCUGAGGUGGUUUGAGUUUUUGUUUGUGAUUGUUUCUUCCUUUCUGUAGAACUUAAGGCCAGUUGAAUUGUGGUGCUGCAAACUAAGGAGAAUGUUUCUAAGCCGGAAAGGAGGUUUCAUGAUUGAUGUCAUUAUGUCUCAGAAUAAUAGCUUGGAGUUGUUUUUUUUAACCCCAGUCUCAAUGAAGAAUAUGAAAGUUUAACCUACAAAUAUAAAAAAAAAAAAAAAAAAAAAAAUUACUGUGUUUUGCUUUAAAGGAAAUAAACUCUUCUCGGUGCAUCGUCGGCACUGAAGAAAAGAGAAAACACAUCUGGGAAACAUACAGUCAUUAUUACAGGAUGUAAAAUACUAUUGCAUUUUUUUUUUCUUACCUUGUUUCUUGAUGUUAAUAUCGAUGUAAAUACAAAUUUAUAUUUAAACAUUACAA